CAUUCACGGCGAUUUUAUUUGAAAACUGUGAAAAGAAUUGAAUUAAAUAAAUAAACAGUAAUAAUAUGAAGGUAACUCCAAAAAAGUCACAACGUGGAGCAGGCGGCGAGUCCUCACUCCGCCGGCGUGAGUCGGCCAAAGAAGAGUCGAAGGAAGACAACGAGGGACCACUGCCAAUGCUUCACAUAGACGACGACAUGGAAUCCGAGCUGCCGAUUCGAGGACGUCCCUCCAAGAAGCUUCUGCUGCAGAAGCAGCAGCAACGCGCCCAGUACAAUGUCAAGCUGGAGCCGGAGAUGAAGGCCGUGGCAGCAGCUUCCAUAUCAAUGGGUUCAAGUCGUUCCAAAGCGAAGCGUUCCCUUUACAAAAAGGGAUCCAACAAUGGAGCAUCGCAAAAGUCUCACAGCGAAUCGUACGUGAUGCGUUUGUUUGAGCGCAGCUUGGAUCUGUCCAAGUACAAGGACAAGACGCCACUGUAUCCCAUCUGUCGCGCCUGGAUGGCCAACCAGCCGCGCAAUCCCAAUGUCGCCAUUUACAACACAGAUGGCUCCACUCCCAGUGUCAAGCGCGAGGAUGACGGCGAGGAGAUGUUGGCCAAGUUACUGAGCGGCGAACUAAAGGUCGUCAAGCAGAUGCCCCAACCCCGCAAAACAGAGAUGACACAUGUUCCGGCACGCCUGCAACUUACUCGGGAUGAGAAACUGAAAGGAGCCAGCAAAGAGGAACUGCUUGCUGCCAAUGUCAAGCAGUGGAAACAAAUCCGCCAGAGCUGGCUGAAGCAUGCGCAGAAGUAUCAGCGGGAGCGAUACGAGAUAAUUGAUCAGAUAAUGAAUGCAGUAUGCAAGAGAGAUUAAAAAUAAAUGUCUUCACUUGAAUAAAUGUUUAUUUGUAUGCG